AUGCUGGACCGAGACUCUUUCGCCGUCAAGGUCGUGGAGGAAACGCCCGGCAUCCUGCAGGAGGCUCGAGCUCUAUCGGAGCCUCGACCAUCCCCACAUCGUCCGCUACUACGGGCACGAGGUGCAGGAGAAACAGGUGUACAUAUUCCUGGAGUACAUGCCAGAGGGGUCCCUGAAGGACAAUCGCUGACCGAGUACGGGCAGUUCCAGGAGGACCUCUGCUGCAAGGUGGCCCGCGAGAUCCUCAGGGGGCUCGAGUACCUGCACAGCAACAACGUGCUGCACAGGGACCUGAAGGAUGCAGCAACCUGCUGCUCGACAGCGCGAACCGCGUGA